ACGCAGACGUCACUCCACCAGCACGCACGUCGCUGCGCUGCCAGCACGCGGUUUCAAAGAUCUGAAACUGGUGCCAUUUUGUGUCUCGUCAAAGGGGCCAAGUAACAAUUUUCAGCAAAAUAAAUGCACCCUAAUGGUGAACGAAGAGGGCAGUUUCAUGUGAGUCGCAUGCUGUCACAAUUAACACGAGGCCUUCUGACCAAUCCGUGUCUUUUUUUAUUUUUAUUAUAAAGGUGGGGCAUUUUCAGUAGCCUUGUUUAUUGGUGCCACAGAGUUUCCAAACUUGUCUUUGUUGGAUCUUUCAAGACAACUGGGAACUCGGGGAAAAAACUAGGUCAAAUCAUGGCGCCAGUGAUCUUCAGCUCUGAGUUCUAAGAAGAUGCCCGAGUUUCUGACUGGAAUUCCGAGUUGGAUGACCGUUCACAUCGAUUUUUCACAGUCGGGAGUGUUUUUUUUUAACGCGUUCCCAGUUGUCUAGAGCGCACUGACGUAGAAGAUUUCCGAGUUCCCACGUCGGAGUUGUUUUAGCGCAGCAUAUUUCCUUGAACAAGUAACGUUUUAUUCAAAGAAGAAACUUCGUGCUGGGCAAAUGGGUGCAGUAACUGAUGACGAAGUUAUUCGAAAACGUCUUCUCAUUGAUGGAGACGGAGCUGGAGACGACAGACGUAUCAAUGUUCUGUUGAAGAGCUUCACCAAAUGGUGCAAUUCAACUGGGUCUCCUGAAGAAGGAUUCACACAGUACCAGAGGAUGUUGGGUACAUUGGCACAAUGUGAAUUCUCAAUGGGGAAGACCUUGCUGGUGUAUGACAUGAACCUCCGGGAAAUGGAAAACUAUGAGAAAAUAUACACUGACAUUGAACAAAACAUCACAUCAGCACAUGAUAAAAUAUCAGAAUGCAAAAAGGAGAUCCAGAGGGCAAAGAGAAUACGAAAGAAUCGUCAAGAGUAUGAUGCACUGGCAAAGGUCAUCCAGCAACAUCCAGAUCGCCAUGAAACACUGAAGCAGUUGGAGGCACUUGACAAAGAGCUCCAGCAGUUGUCUCACAUCAAAGAGAAUGUGGAAGAUAAGCUGGAGUUGAGGAAGAAACAGUUCCAUGUGCUCCUCAGUACCAUCCAGGAACUACAGCAGACACUGGAGAAUGAUGAGAAGUCAGAGAAUGAUGAUGCUCAGGAAAGCUCCAUGGAGAAUGGAGAAUGAAUUCAUCUCGGCUGUCAAUGUAAUUUAGUUAGGUACAAUUUUUUUGAUAAUGCUUUGCAUUUGAACAAUGAAGUUUCACUUGAGUUGACAUUUUGUUUUUAUAAUACCUGUAUGUAUUUUUGCUGAAUAAAGUUGUCAAUUGCUCUUCCA